AGCGCGAGUGGCGCGUCAUAGCGACUUGCGUCCCGCGUUGCCUGCCCCGAACACUCACAUGAACAUCCGCAAUGACGGAUAUAUGGAGCGGAGAUAUUCUGCUACCUGAUGGCAAUGUUAUUAGAGACGUCGGUUUCGCGUCGCAAAAUGUCGCGUCUUCCCCAGCCCUCCCCGCGACGUCUCUACGCUUCCUCACCACGGUCGAUACCGCCAAGAUUCCACUAUACCUUGCCGCUGGCCCCAGCAUAGACGUAUGGACGACAGAGGAAGCUACUCAGGCUUGGUUCGAGGCAGUACUGCUGAGUAAGCCUACGUUGGCGGACGCGCCCAACAGUGCCGCGAAGGAAUGGUGGGACCUGGCGCGAUCACAAUCGCCAGUUGGUUUUCUUGUACAAGUUCCAAGGGAUGAAGAAGAUGUUCGAAAACCCAGAGUAACCGAGAUCCUCUUCUAUGGCACCGUCGCCGCUCCUACGAUCGCUGGGUUACCCACCCCACCGUCCUCGUCUUCGUACAUCGACAAUGCGCACGCCGAAGUACUCCCUGAGCUUCGAGUCCACGCAUUGCCGCUUUCGUCUGAUCUUCUUCAUGCCACCAGCAUCGACUUGCCCGUGGACGCCGAGCCUCAAUUUCUUCCGCCGCAGUACGAUUUCCACAACCCCCCAACAUCACCAAAGCGAACGAGGGACAUAUUUGAAGAGGCUACCAUCGCAAACAAGAAGGCACGAGGAAGGGGUGGGAGAGCAGUCUCAGCCGCAGCAGCCCGCGUCAGCGAAUCUCAGCAGGCAUUCAGUCACCGAAAGUCGUCGCUCUCUAUCGAUUUGAAAGCCUCAUCCUUCUCCGACUCCAGACCGACGUCUGCUUCCGACCAUCUAGCUCGCCCUACCUCGCGCCCGCUCUCCCGAUCACCCAGCAUAUCCUCCGAUACAAGACCCCUCAGCCGAAAAGGUCAAACCGACGCGCAUGCCAGGCGAUCGAACUUGUCACAGGUUGCUACGGUGCCCAUACAACCUGAAGAGCCAACGACCGAGUCGCGAAACAAAGAUGCAUUGGUCAAGGUGGUCAUGGCAGCGAUGCGCAUGCAUGGCUUGCAGCAGCGGAAACAGAAUAGGUCUCGUCGCGCCUCUUUGGCUGGUGCUGAAGAAAGUCAGCAACGGAGUGAAGAAGCAGCAGCUGAAGAGGCCGCGAAAGACGAUGAGUACAAGCUGAUAUACCACCAAACCUUCAAAGGUGCACAACUGGCACUGAGAAAGCACAUGUCCAAGAAACCACUCCAUGCCACGCCCGACCGAAUGCGAGACAUCGUCGAAAAGCUACUAGCUCUCUUUCUCUCCGACCCGCUUGCGGAACCUCCGCCUCCCGAGAUACCCGCGGACCCAGUUGCCACACCUGGUAGUAGACCUAGAUUUGUGAUCCCUGGAUCCACACAUGGCCAUGCCAGUCCAUUCGACUUGCCUAGCACACAACGACGUCCUGGCAUGAUGAGAUCUGUUACCGAUAGCCAUGUUUACACGGGUUCGCCAGUGAGCAAGAAGAGGGGUAUCACGGGCGCGACGUUGACCGUGCCUACGUGAGGCGCGAUGCAGGCUGCUAAUACUGGAUACGAGGACAAACGCAUUACCGUCGGCUAUGAUGAUGUACUCUUGUGGGGACUGAAUACGAAUCACGGACGCGUCACUGGGAAUUUGCAGUCGACCUAUGCAUAUUUCCUUUCUUGGCACCCGCCGCCACGCUUGUCACCAUCAGUAAGCACUGUGAGAUCAUCAGCAACCCUCUCAAAGCGGCAAUUGUUAGAGUUGAUGCUGCAACGCCGUAGCCGUCGUACAGCGAUGAUCUACGUGCCCUUGCAGCGGAGCCUUGCGCAUACGAGUGGCGUCGCAAAGCACUGAAAGCGGUCUGAAUUCAAA